AUGCGUAGCGUGCGGAGCAGCUUCACCAUCGGGCGGUUGGCGAUUUAUCCGAAAAAUUCAAACAUUCGCACUGGUUCCAUCUGUCUGAUUGCGUCCACUGCCUCCAACGGUUAUCAGUUCCAGCCCCACCAUCCACAAUGUAGCUUGGUGACGCUAUCGUCCAGCAAACCCACCGUCACAUCGAGCGAUUCCGCCCGGAGGACAAUCGGAACUCACACUCACAGCGUGAAAGCAUGUUCUCCCACGGUUGUACUCUGUGCCGGCUCACCGCCAACGGAUGGCCCUGCCGGUACGGUGUCGCAACACCCACAGCGAACCAUCCGUCGUUCGCUUCACGUCUCCGCGGUCUGUGAUAAAUCAUCGUCGAAAGAUGGUGGCAGCGGAAGCAGCAGCAACCCACCCGGCAGUGGCAGUACGGGUGGCGGAACCACCGCCAGUGGAAGCGGUGGCUCGUCGUCGGUCGGUGCCGGUGGCAAGGACGGCGGUAGCGGCGGUGGUAAGGAACCACCGAACAAGAAGAACACACUAUCCUGCCCGAAGUGUGGCGAUCCCUGUACGCACGUGGAAACGUUCGUCAGCUCGACGCGGUUCGUCAAGUGCGAAAAGUGUCACCAUUUCUUCGUCGUGCUGUCGGAGGUCGAUUCGAAAAAGACAAUUAAAGACACGGAAACGAAGGGUGCACGAAAGCCGCCGCCACCGCCCAAAAAGAUCAUGGAGUACCUCGACCGGCACGUCGUCGGACAGGAGCUGGCCAAAAAGGUUCUCUCGGUGGCGGUGUACAAUCACUACAAGCGCAUCUACCACAAUCUGCCCCCGCCGGCGUCAUCGUCCGCGGGUGCCACGCAGCAACAGCAGCAGCUGGAUUCGAUGUCGCGUAGCGGCGAUCUGCUGCACAUAUCCGGCAUCGGCCAUACGAUGAUGAGUUCGGCACCGUCCGAAGUGCCACGGCCACCGCUCGGUGCGGGCGGUUCCGGGCAUGGUGGGGGGCCGGGUUCGGCCGCACACCACCCCGGUUCGGAGCUGCUGGACAAGAAAACGCACGAGCUGAAGCUGGAGAAGAGCAACAUUCUGAUGCUUGGCCCGACCGGCUCGGGCAAGACGCUGCUUGCGCAAACGAUUGCCAAGUGCCUGGACGUUCCCUUUGCCAUCUGUGAUUGUACGACGCUAACGCAAGCCGGUUACGUCGGCGAGGAUAUCGAGAGUGUGAUUGCGAAGCUGCUGCAGGACGCUAACUAUAGUGUCGAACGGGCGCAGACGGGCAUCGUGUUUCUGGAUGAGGUGGAUAAGAUCGGUGCCGUGCCCGGUAUCCAUCAGCUGCGGGACGUCGGCGGUGAGGGUGUGCAGCAGGGCAUGCUGAAGAUGCUCGAGGGUACGAUCGUGAACGUUCCGGAGCGAAACUCACCGCGAAAGCUGCGCGGCGAAACGGUGCAGGUGGACACGACCAACAUUCUGUUCGUAGCGUCCGGUGCGUACACCGGUUUAGAUCGUUUGAUUGCGAGGCGGUUGAAUGAGAAGUACUUGGGUUUCGGAAUGCCGGCAAGCUCAUCGGAAGGGCGCCGGGCUGCACAGGCGUCUGCAUCACCGAUGGAUAACGAUCAAGUGGAGCGGGACGCGAAUCUGAAGAAAGUGCAAGCGAAAGAUCUCGUCGAGUUCGGUAUGAUUCCUGAAUUCGUUGGUCGCUUCCCGGUGUUGGUGCCGUUCCACAGCCUCGACGUCGAUAUGCUGGUACGCAUCCUAACCGAACCGCGCAAUGCUCUCGUGCCCCAGUACAAAGCACUGCUCGGCAUGGAUCAGGUGGAGCUGUCGUUCACCGAUGAAGCCCUCAAGCAAAUCGCUCAACUAGCCAUGGAACGGCAAACUGGGGCCCGUGGUCUACGUGCAAUUAUGGAAACGCUUCUAUUAGAACCAAUGUUCGAGGUGCCCGGAUCGGACGUGCAAGGUGUACGGAUCACGGAAGAAAGCGUACGCGGUGCAGAACCGAUCUACGUACGCCGCGGUGAAUCGAACGCAUCGAACAAGGAUCCUCCCGCAUCCGGCGAGGCUGGCCACAGUAGCAGUAAUUCUUCGGAGGAAGAGGAAGCCACGAAAGUACGCGUGAAGCAGUAA